AUGACCAACCCGUCUGUAAGUAUCUGUGUGCCAAACGCACAACUUCCGCAACUAACCAUUCUUCAUUUUACAGGCAUGUCUCAUUCUUCUGGAAGCGGUGGCGCCACCCCCAAGCCGAAUUAUAAUAAGCACUUCCCACGUAGUUUCAUGCUGAACUACGGGGAAGCGCUGUCCAACCUGCCGGACGAGAAGAUCCUCUGCCGGCUAUUCGAUUGGAAUUGUGAAUGGCUGUCCAGGCCGAAUAUUGCCAUUUCCGAAAUGGCCAGCACUCUUAAAGAGAACUGGACGAAUAUUAUGGCGUACCGCCGCACGGUCUUCACUGAAGAGUUCGUGGACGAUCUGCGAAAGUUCGUAGAUCCGAUAGUUGACCCCCUCAGGAGAGUUGACAAUAAAGAUAAAUUGGAUAUGGAUCCGCCGGACGCCAAUGAUGUCCUCAAGAUACUAAAAGCCAUCAACUUUGACCCUUGGGUUGAGGAUCUGUUCACUGAUGUGUUUAAUGCGGUUGGGCCCGUCCUCAUGAUGUCUAUCCACAUAUUAGUGAUUAACUGCCUAAUGCACAAUCCGGACGUCUUUGCAGAGAGGAGCGUCCGAGCCCCAAGUACCAAGAAGUUUAAAACCGAUCCCACGUUCAAAAAUAUGAUGAGAUAUCUCAUCGAUCAGAUCCUGAUGAGAAGACGUACAGUCAAACGUUCGACGAACGACUGGGAUAGUGCGGCCUACUUAGACGAAGACGACGAGGAACAUACACAGCAGCGCCCCAGCAGAUCUAAAAGAGCCCUAGCCCAUGCACAUCCCAAAAGUGCACCAUCAGCCAACGCUGGAGCAUCAACGUCCAGAAGACGUGUUCCCCAACCCUCCACCUCCACAGACAGAGCUGAGAGAGGUGCCAAUUCAAGGAGACGGAGAACGUCCUUUGAUGUCAGUGGCAUAGCAGCGUUACCAAGCUCUGAGGACGAAGACCAGGAACCGCCGGCCAGGCACGGGAAAAAACGCCGAUUUGUUGCCAGCCCUGUGGAACACGACUACUCCUCGCAGGAGAAUGAAACACGUAUGAAACGCGCAAAGAAGAACAAAAGGCCCCUGAACGGCCCCUCAGCGGCGAAGAACCGAAGAGAGGUGCUAAACCUGGACGACGACACUGAUGAGGAAGCCGACAUCUUCAUCACCCAAACAACACCCCCCCCAAAAAAGAAGAAGAACAAAUGGCGCCGAUCGCCAUCGCCCAGCCCGCCACCAGAGCCCACCACGAAAGACCAGAACGACGAACCACAGUCUGAGGACGCUGAGGCUAAGGCCAAGAAAAAACACAAGAAGAAGAAAAAGAAUAAGGACAAGACCCACCAAGCGCUGGCAACACUCAUAGCCCACCAGGACGAGGUCAACCGCCAGUUGGCCAGGGGAAACAGGAAGUAGGAUGUACCCUGUGACCAUUCCGCUUUCGUUAUUACCACUAUCUAGUCUUUUGGAGUCAAAUCACUCACCGUUCCUUAGUUUUCUUCGUCUUUGCGCCAUUUGGGCUACUCCUCAUGUGAUUCUAAGGGAACGUAAUUAA